AUGGCUUCUCGAACAUUAUUUUUAGAUACUAAAGUGUUGCCUUCUGAUUUGCUCACCUAUCAUGAUGAUGACUUUUACAAUCUUAUAAAUCAGCUCGUCGGUCCAGAUGAAGUAGCAUUACUCAAGAUUCAAGGUAUUCGAACAGUUAAUACAUUCUUAGAUAUAUCCAAUAUCUUCGAUAUUGUUAAUAUCGAUUCUGAAGAAAUCGAUGAUAUUAAAACAAAAAGUUGUUUUAUUCUUAAGAAUGAUAGCUAUGUUAUCAGACCAGGUAGCAAAGCCUCAAUUGAAUAUUUACGUGAUUUAUUUGAAAAGAAACAAGAUGAAAUACUGAAGAAUACAAAUAGCAAAUAA